UGUAGGUUAAAAUCCGUUGAAGGUUGUCAACUGCCAAUGUCAAAAUGUUCUUGAUCAAUAUCUUGAAUAGUGAAGAUGGAGAGCAAGCAACGUCGUGCGUGACCGAUUCGCCUGGAAGUACACACCUGUGUAAACCCAUACAGAACCUGUCCAAAAGCGAAGAUUCUCUGGAGGAUCUUCAGGAUAAAACGCUAAGGGUUUUAACAUAUCAGAAUUGCCGCCAUGACAUUUUGUUUCGUGACUUUGUUGUUGGUGGUCGAGAGUCGGAGACAAGUAUAGCGCAACACCCGAAUGAAGAAGAAGUAGAUACCCUUUACUUGCAAAAUUUCCGCAUGAUUAGAGCAGAUAACUGCGACUUAGAUGUAAUAGUAACUACUCUGCCUUAUGUUGAGUAUCCAGCGCUUGUUAAAAUUGAAACAAAUAACAUUUGUGUCAGAUUUGGGAAGUUCCUCAAGAACUUAUUUACGUGUAAGAUAUGUAAACUUCCGUAAA